AUGUCCUCUAUCAAAAACGCCGCCGCGUCGUCCCUGGCCAAGGUGACCUCGGCGGCAGCCACGGCCGCGACUCCGGCCCCGGCGUUUGUGCCCCGCACCCGCUUCGAAGUCUCCUCCGAUAUCACCCGCUCCUACUUUCUAGGCCACCACCAGGCCGCCGUGGCCCGCAUGUCCAAGGUCCUCUCCAACAUCGGCCUGAUUAUCGAGUGCCGCGACUUUCGCGUGCCCCUCUCGUCCUGGAACCCCAUCCUCGAGCACAAGCUCCAGUCACUGGGCGGCCACCAGGCCAUCCCCCGCAUCGUCGUCUAUACGAAGCGGGACCUCGGACCCGGCAGGCCCCGGGACCUCCCCAUCGUCGACGCCCUGCGGAGGUUCCACAGCGCCGAGAGCUACUCCGUCGACACGCCGGGCGGCUUCCUCUCUAGGGACCCGACGGAAUCUGCAGCAGACGGAGACAGGGGGAGAAGCCGCCGCGACAAGGACGAUGCAGGUGAUCCCCCCUCGGCACUCUUCCUCGGCAAGGGCGAGAGCAAUGCGUCUGGCGACCGGGCGCUCAUGUCAGCGAUCCGCGCGCUGGCCAAGUCGGACGCCUCGCACUCGUCGCACCUCCUCGGCCUGCGCGCCAUCAUCAUCGGCAUGCCCAACGCAGGCAAGUCAUCACUCCUCAACCGACUGCGGCACCGGGGCGUCAAGGCCAACACCAAGGCGGCGUCGACGGGCGCACAGCCGGGCGUGACGCGAAAGCUUGGCACACCCGUGCGGAUCCUAUCCAACGAGGCGGACGAGGACCUUCCGGAGCGGGGCGUGUUCGUCAUGGACACGCCAGGCGUCUUCGUGCCCUACGUCGGGGACCCGGAGAGCAUGCUCAAGCUGGCGCUGGUCAACUGCGUACGUGACGGGCUCGUCAACCCCGUCACCCUAGCCGACUACCUGCUCUACCACCUCAACCUUCGCGGGCAGACUAAGGCUUACGAGUGGCUAUGCUCCACUCCGACCAACGACGUCAACGUCUUCCUCGAGGCCGCCGCCCGUCGGACCGGCAAGCUGCUGCCCGGCGGUCUGCCCGCCAUCGACGCCAUCGCCGAGUAUGUCAUUUCUUUGUACCGGAGGGGUGAGCUGGGGAAGCUCGUGCUGGACGAUGUCAACGAAGAGACGCUCAGGCGAGCCAGGAUCGCGAGCCUCAGCCCGCCUACGAGCUUGAACCAGGCCAGGAAAGCUGAGAAGGAAAGGAGGAGUAUCGCGAGUAAGGAGCGGUACAGGGCUGGGUUGAAGGGCAGUUAG